ACUUCUUUGAAAACAAGCCUCUGGCAAAGACAAAGAAAGAUCCAAAGCGGAUGUCAGUGGAGCGGAUCUAUCAGAAGAAGUCUCAAUUGGAGCACAUUUUGCUCCGGCCAGACUCCUACAUUGGCUCUGUAGAGCCUGUCACACAGCAAAUGUGGGUGUAUGAUGAGGGUGUUGGAUUGAACUGCCGUGAUGUGACAUAUGUGCCUGGGCUUUACAAGAUAUUUGAUGAGAUCCUUGUAAAUGCAGCUGACAAUAAGCAGAGGGAUGCGAGCAUGUCCUGCAUCAAAAUCAACAUUGAUGUUGAAAACAACACAAUUAGUGUAUGGAAUAAUGGCAAGGGUAUCCCUGUGGUGGAGCACAAGGUCGAGAAAGUCUUCGUGCCUGCUCUCAUCUUUGGACAGCUCCUCACCUCCAGUAACUAUGACGAUGGCGAGAAAAAAGUCACCGGUGGACGUAAUGGAUAUGGUGCUAAGCUUUGCAACAUCUUUAGCACAAAGUUCACCGUUGAGACUGCCUGCAAAGAGUCAAAGAAGUCAUUCAAGCAGACUUGGUAUGACAACAUGGGCAGGGCUGGAGAUGCACAGAUCAAAUCAUUUGACAAGGAGGAAUUCACUUGCAUUACCUUCCGCCCAGAUCUGCUCAAGUUUAAAAUGAGCACCCUGGACAAAGAUAUAGUGGCUCUGAUGACUAGGAGGGCAUAUGACAUCGCUGGCGCCAGCAAGGGUGUUCGUGUGUUCUUCAAUGGUGCAAGGCUUCCAAUCACAGGUUUCCGUAAUUACGUGGACAUGUAUCUGAAGGACAAGGUGGAUGAGCUGGGUGGAGAACUCCAGGUCAUUCAUGAGAUUGUCAAUGAACGCUGGGAGGUCUGUCUCACCAUGAGUGAGAAAGGUUUCCAGCAAGUCAGCUUUGUCAACAGUAUUGCUACAACCAAGGGUGGGAGGCACGUUGACUAUGUGGCCGACCAGGUGGUUGGGAAGCUCAUUGAUGUGGUGAAAAAGAAGAACAAAGCUGGGGUGACGGUCAAGCCUUUCCAGGUGAAGAACCACAUCUGGCUGUUUGUCAACUGCCUGGUUGAGAACCCCACCUUUGACUCACAGACCAAAGAGAACAUGACUCUGCAACAGAAGAGCUUUGGGUCCACUUGUCCUCUCAGUGACAAGUUCAUCAAACAGGCCACCUCCUGUGGAAUUGUGGAAAGUAUCAUGAACUGGGUGAAGUUCAAGGCUCAAACCCAGCUCAACAAGAAAUGCUCAGCUGUCAAACACACAAAAAUCAAAGGCGUGCCUAAACUGGAUGAUGCCAAUGAUGCAGGUGGCAAGAACUCCAUAGGCUGUACACUAAUCCUUACUGAAGGAGACUCAGCCAAAACACUGGCUGUGUCUGGGCUGGGUGUCAUCGGCAGGGACCGCUAUGGUGUCUUUCCUCUCAGAGGAAAAUUGCUGAAUGUGCGGGAGGCCUCACACAAACAGAUUAUGGAGAACGCUGAGAUCAACAACAUCAUUAAAAUUCUCGGCCUGCAGUAUAAGAAGAACUACAGCGAUCCAGAGUCCCUUAAGACACUGCGUUAUGGCAAGCUCAUGAUCAUGACAGAUCAGGAUCAAGAUGGAUCCCACAUUAAGGGCUUGCUGAUCAACUUCAUCCACCAUAACUGGCCAUCCUUGCUGCGCCACAGCUUCCUGGAAGAGUUCAUCACCCCCAUCAUCAAGGUAUCGCACAAGAAAACUCAGAUGUCUUUCUACAGUAUCCCAGAGUUCGAUGCAUGGAAGGCCAGUCAGCCAAACAUCAAAUCUUGGAAAAUCAAAUACUACAAAGGUUUGGGUACCAGCACAUCCCAGGAAGCGAAGGAGUACUUUGCUGAUAUGCAGAGGCACCGUAUUCCAUUCAAGUACUCUGGACCUGAAGACGAUGAGGCUAUCACCCUUGCCUUUAGCAAGAAGAAAGUGGAUGAGCGGAAAGAGUGGCUCACUAGGUUCAUGACUGACAGGCGCCAGCGCAAGGAGCACAAUCUGCCAGAGGAUUACCUGUAUGGUCAGGCCCUCAAAUCCCUUUCCUACAAUGACUUUGUUAACAAGGAGCUGGUGCUUUUCUCCAACUCUGACAAUGAGAGGUCAAUUCCCUGCCUGGUGGAUGGUCUGAAGCCAGGCCAAAGGAAGGUGCUGUUCUGUUGUCUCAAGAGAAAUGACAAGCGUGAAGUGAAGGUGGCCCAAUUGGCUGGCUCGGUGGCUGAGAUGUCAGCCUACCACCAUGGAGAGAUUUCUCUGAUGAUGACCAUUAUUGGUUUAGCCCAGAACUUUGUGGGAAGCAACAACUUGAACCUGUUGCAGCCUCAGGGUCAGUUUGGAACCAGGUUGCAUGGUGGCAAGGACUACGCCAGCCCUCGAUACAUUUUCACCAUGCUCAGCCCUCUGGCCCGCCUUCUUUUCCCAUCUAUGGAUGACAACCUGCUUAAGUACAAUUAUGAUGACAACCAGCGUGUGGAGCCAGAGUGGUACAUGCCUAUCAUCCCCACUGUGCUGGUGAACGGCAGCGACGGUAUCGGCACAGGCUGGGCCAGCAGAAUCCCCAACUUCGACAUACGAGAGAUCGUCAACAACAUCCACCGUAUGCUGAACGGAGAUGAGCCUCUGCCCAUGCUUCCAAACUACAAAGGCUUCAGAGGCACAAUUGACCAGUUGUUGGACAACCACUACAUGAACAGUGGAGAAGUGUCAAUUAUUGAUGACACCACAAUUGAGAUCUCUGAGUUGCCUGUAAAAACCUGGACACAGACCUACAAGGAGAAUGUUUUGGAGCCCAUGUUGAAUGGCACAGAGAAGGUUCCUCCUCUGAUCACGGACUACAAGGAAUACCACACCGACAGCACUGUUCGCUUUGUGGUCAAAAUGGCUCCAGAGAAGCUGAGGGAGGCAGAGGCUGCUGGUCUCCAUAAAGUCUUCAAGCUGCAGAAUACUCUCACCUGUAACUCUAUGGUCCUGUUUGACCAUGUGGGCAGCCUCAAGAAGUAUGAGUCCGUGCAGGAUAUUCUCAAGGUCUUCUUUGAGUUGAGACUGAAGUAUUAUGUGCUGAGAAAAGACUGGUUGGCUGGAAUGCUGGGGGCAGAGAGCGCUAAGCUCUCCAACCAGGCUCGCUUCAUCCUGGAGAAAAUCCAGGGCACCUUGGUCAUUGAGAACAAGCCAAAGAAGGAACUGAUCCGCAUGCUGGAGGAGAUGGGCUAUGACUCUGACCCAGUCAAGGCGUGGAAGCAGUCUCAAGAGAAGAAUGAGGCGGAGACAGAGGAUGGCGAGGGGGAAGAAGCAGAAGAGGACAACAGUGGACCAGACUAUAAUUACUUGCUGAGCAUGCCCAUGUGGUACUUGACUAAGGAAAAGAAAGAGGAGCUGUGCAAACAGAAGGAUGCAAAGCUGACAGAGCUGAACACCCUGAAGAAGAAGACUCCAUCUGACCUGUGGAAGGAAGACCUUGCUGCUUUCUCUGAGGAACUGGAGCGUAUUGAGGCAAAAGAAAAGGAGAACGCCAGUAUGCCCGAAGUUAAGGGGACCAAAAAAAGCAAAGUGAAGGUGAAGCAAGAGACUCUGCCCACGCCACAGGGUCGCCGUGUCGUCCCACGCAUCACCAGCACCAUGAAAGCUGAAGCUAACAAGAAGGCUGGCGUUAACAAGAAAGGAGAUGGCAAGAAAAUCAAGAGUGAAAACGUAGUCAUGAAGAUGGAGUUUGGAGAAGAAGGAGAGACUCCACAGCCAAACGAGGAGAUGGGCUUGGCUGCUCGACUCACCAAGAAAGUAAAAACUGAGCGGAAGGGUAAAGCGUCAACGACCGGCAAACAGACCACACUUCAGUUCAAGGCUGUUGACAAGAAGCCCAAGAAGAACGCGUGGUCGGACGAUGAGUCUGACAUUCUGUCCGAUGGUGACAUGGAGGCAGAGGAAUUUGUUGCCCCCAGAGAAAAGGUUCAACGCAAAACCAAAGCUGCGGUGAAGUACAGUUUGUCCGACAGUGAAGAUGAGGAGUUUGAUGACUGGGGGAAGAAGGAUGCUCCAAAACGGAAAGCAGUGAUCAGUGAUGAUGAUGACAGCUUUAUCCCAGAGCCCGCCGCCACAGCCGACAGUGAUGUGGACUCUCCAGCCCCGCCUCCAAAAGCUCCAGUGACGAAGAAGGUGACAAAGAGCAAAUCAACGACCUCGAGACAAGCUGAAAGCAAAUCAAGCUCUCCGUCUGAUGAUCAAGCACCCCCCGCACCAAAGGCUCCAGCUCAACGUAAAACCACCAAAGAGGCUGUACCCAAGAAACCUGCCGCCGCCAGGAAACCAGCCGCAUCCAAGAAGAAGGCUGCAGAUGUGAAACAGCCGUCCAUCCUGGAAGCUCUUUCUAAACCCAAACCUUCAUCCAACACUGCUGCCAAGAAAGAUCCUUCAUUUGACUUCAGUGACUCAGAGGGUGAAAUUAAAGCUCCAGCCGCAAAGACAAAGGCAAAGGCAAAGCCAGUUCUCAAACGGAAACAGGUCGUGAGCGAUGACUCCGACAGCAGCUCAGACGACCUCAUGUCACGCCUCAAAGCCAAAUCAUCUGUGGGCUCCAAGAAAACCAAGACGUGGGAGGAGGACGACAGCUUCCAGAUUUCAGACGGGGAAGGGGAGUCGACAGCUCCUGCACCUGUGGCAGCACGAGACAAGCCCUCUCGUGCCAGGAAACCUGUCUCCUACACCCUGGACUCAGACUCUGAUUGAGAUCUUGUCCAUAAGUCAGUGUCCACAUGGUGCUUUUGUUUCUUUGAGACUUUGUGAAGGUAACUUCUUCACUAAGUUGUAGUUUGUGCCAUGUGAUGAAUAUGGCUCUGCUCACUUGAACUGUUUCUAUUGGACCUUUUUAUGCUCCGGUUUGUAAGCUUGAAGAAAUCUGAUUUACUGUGUAAAAAAAAAAAAAAGAAGUUUCUCAUCCUUUCAGAAGUUUAAAAACUCCAUUUAUGAAUACAGUUUGUCUUAGAUAUGCUUCUUUUUUAGUUUUUAGUCUUUUCUACCUUUUGU